AUGUCUUCAAAUCCACGCCCAUCGCUCGUCCUUGCACCUUCCGUGAACACAACAACAGUCGUCACGACCACGACCACGACGACAACAUACGCACCCAUCACUCUACCGCCGCUUCCGGCACCAUCAAGCCCAAAAGACCCACAAGACUACCCUCUUCUGAAUGCAGAUCUCCCUCCAUCAUUACGCCAUAUCUCUCUCGUAUUCCCCAACGGCGCACGCGCCACAUUUCACGCUACAGACACCGGUGACGAUGCUACGCAGGGCGAGGAAGAAAUGUCCAGUGGUAAGGGAUGGCAGAUGAUCAAAAGGGACGAGACAGAGGCGCAACGCAACGUGGUUGGCUUCGUGGAUGCCCUAGAGCGGUAUGGUAGGAAACGGACGUACUCUGGCGAGAGUAUGAUGGAAGGUGUUGAGGCGACUGUCGUGGUCAGUGCCAAUACCCCCCCAAGGAAGAAAGCAAAGGCAGCGCCUUUGCCUCAAAUAUCGACUGUGAAUGCAGCAGCACCCCCGUCGCCUUUACCAUCUCCACACGGUUCGCCUCCACCUCAGGACAUCUGGCCAUCAGCGCCUCCCAGUGGGGCCUCAUCACCUCAGCCCCAGGUUCCUAUUCAACCCGACAUCUCUUUGACCACACUUCUAUCUCUGCCCUCGCUCGUCUCGCAUUUCUCCUCCCUUCCCGCAUCUCUGCAAUCCCACCUCUUGAUUACGCUGCUCAGACACUCCCCUCUCCCCGUGCUGCGUACCCUGCAUUCUGUCUUGACACCCAUCCUAGCGCGUGACUUUCUCACUAUUCUUCCUCCCGAACUUGUGUCUCACAUACUCAGUUUCCUGCCCUUCAAUUGUCUGGCGCGCGCUUGCAGGGUUUCCAAGACUUGGCGAAACAUCAUUGAUGGAGAUUCCAUUCUGUGGCGAGAUCUCCUCAAAGACCAAAAGCUCUGGUUCGGAGGCGACUCGGAACGAGCUUUUACUGAGGCUUUACUAAUUCGUCGCCGUCGCGCUGGCCUUCUGACGCCAAGAUCUCUCCCUCUACCCAACCCCUACAAGGUACUCUUCAAAUCUCGAUUCCUCACUCGUGAUGGCUGGAUCUCAAACCCUGAGCCGAAACACAUAUCUUUCCCCGCACAUGGGCGGUCUGUCGUCACUUGCUUGUUGUUUUCCCAAGGACGGAUAAUUUCCGCGUCUGACGACCACUCUAUCCAUGUUUACUCACCAACCGACGGCCGGCUCUUAACUUCUCUGGUUGGGCACGAGGGAGGCGUCUGGGCACUUGCAGCCACGAAGAAUACCCUUGUCAGCGGCUCUACAGAUCGCACUGUUCGUAUCUGGGACCUUUCCACUGGCCGCUGCACCCAUGUCUUCGGUGGACACACGAGCACGGUUCGCUGUCUCGCGAUUGUCAAACCAGCCUGGGUGAGCGUGGAAGACGAACACGGUCAUCUUCGAAAGGAGAAAUGGCCCAAGCGCGCCCUGAUUGUCACCGGGAGCAGAGAUCACUCGCUGCGGGUCUGGACAAUGCCUAGGGCAGGAGAAAUGGAGUAUAAAUGCUGUGGUGCGGACGAUGCCGAUGCCGACCCCGCCGAAGAGGACGUCGACGAUAACCCGUAUCACAAGCUCCAUCUCCAGGGUCACGAUCAUGCCGUUCGUGCGCUCGCCGCACAUGGCCGUACAUUGGUCUCAGGAAGCUAUGAUUCUACUGUUCGUGUGUGGGACACGAUCACUGGGGAAUGCAAAUGGACUUUAGUUGGCCACACCCAGAAAGUCUACAGCGUGGUACUGGAUCCCAUUCGGAAUCAAGCUUGUUCAGGAUCGAUGGAUAGCACAGUCCGCGUCUGGAAUCUCCAGACUGGAGAGUGUCAACAUACCCUUAUGGGUCAUGCGUCGCUGGUUGGUCUCCUCGGGCUGUCACCGUCGUACCUUGUCUCCGCUGCUGCCGACUCGACGCUGCGUGUAUGGGAUCCUGACAGCGGUGAUCUGCGCCACAUUCUAAGUGCACACACCGGGGCUAUCACCUGUUUCCAGCAUGACGAGUUCAAAGUGCUCAGCGGGUCUGAUGGAACUCUGAAGAUGUGGGACAUCCGGGACGGGUCGAUCGUGCGAGACCUGUUGACGGGCAUCAUUGGUGUCUGGCAGGUUGUGUUCGAAGGCCGGUGGUGUGUUGCAGCCAGCAACCGCAUGGAUUCAACUAUGCUAGACGUUUGGGACUUUGGAAACGGGGAGGAAGAUGGCGAGUGGCUUGGUGAGCCGGCAGGGGGGUGUUAUGAUGAGGACGAGACGGAUGAUGAGGACGAAGACGAGGAGAUGGAACAAGCCGACGCUGACGCGAUGGACCAAGACCUCGACAUCGCCCCAUCGGAAGCGGAGAUGGCGGAGGAUGGUGCUUUUGCGAUUACCCAAGAGCAAGGUGAUGACGUGGUCGAUGGUCCUGAUCCUGAACUCAGGGUGGCGACUUUGGAUCCUGAUGAAGAGUGGACUGAAGACGUCGCAGGCCCCUCGCGCUCGCCAUCAUACCAGGGCAGCCGACGUGCGUCUUCCAGCAGACUUCCCAGGAGCCGAUUCCUCCUAGCUGCACCAUCCACAUCUACGGGCCCGAGUCGUGUCCGGCGCCUACCGAGCAACGAGGAGACUCCAACACGGCCAAGAGUCAGGCCUGCGGGGAGUCGCAGGCGAUAG